AUGGCACAGAAAAACCAAACCGCCAGCAGUUCUGACGACCAAUCUGCCAGCGCCACACCGUCUGCACAAGACGCCUCGGAUUCCACGCAGCCUGCCACUUCGGGCGCGUCGACAUCCAAAUCAACAUCUGCCGCCCAGAAAUUACAUCAGACUGAGCUGGACGCCGCCCUUCGCAACGCUCAACCCACGACCAAGUCAUCUGCCAUGGGCUUGGACCAGUCUUCAAAGGACGCUGCCGCCUUUGAAGCUGCAAACCCUUAUGGGACGCGGUCACGAAACCGCACUGGCUCAUCGCGCCCAAACUACGCCGAGGACAAGGAUCUCGAUGUCGACAUGUAUGAUUACGCCCCAGAGAAGAAGGAUCAAGAGUCCAAGAAAUCGGCGCGUCACAGUAACGUGUCGGCCGCGUCCAUCCAGGAGAACGCGCGACCCAACGGCUCAACCCGCAAGGCCCUGCCAUCUGACGACACAAAGUCGACCGUCCCUCAGAACGGAGCAAAGGACGUGCAGCCAGCAAAUUCCACCCCGACCACGCAAACACCGGCUUCGACAAACUCGACGCAACCCUCAAAAAAGCGCAAGGCUGCUUUACACGCCGCAGCUGCGACUUCUCAGGCUCAUGCUUCUGCGACGGCCUCGUCGUCUGGCGCCAGCACAGGGGCAUCACGAAAAACGGCGUCGGGUCCUUACGCUAGCUCUUACGCAGAGACGAACAUGCUCAGUUUCGAGAACUCCGGUGCAGUCCCCAGAGAUGGAAAGUUGGUGGCGGAUGACGGUACCGUACUAGCACCCAAUGACAAUGUCUAUCUCGUGUGUGAGCCUCCGGGCGAGCCAUAUUACCUGGGUCGCAUCAUGGAGUUUCUCCACAUGCAGAAUAACAGCAAAAAGCCGGUGGAUGCACUUCGCAUCAAUUGGUUCUACCGACCCAAGGAUAUCGGCAAGAAGGUCAAUGACACCCGACUAGUGUUUGCGACGAUGCAUUCCGAUAUCAGUCCUUUGACAGCCUUGCGUGGUAAGUGCCACAUCCUGCACAAGGCGGAAAUUCCCAAUAUGGACGAAUACCGAAAAAUUUCAGACAAUUUCUGGUACGAAAAAUUGUACGACCGCUACAUCCAGAAAAAUUACGAUCUGAUCCCUACGUCGACAAUUGUGAACGUGCCUGAGAGGGUGAAGAAAGUGCUAGACGAACGCUGGAAAUUCGUUAUUGUGGAGCAGGGCCGCGGAAAAGAGUUCACUAGUGCGGUGAAGUCCUGCAAGCGAUGCAGCGGCUACUGUGCAAGCAAUGACUCGGUCGACUGUGCUGUGUGUAAGAAGACAUACCACAUGAACUGUGUCAGGCCGCCCCUGCUCAAGAAACCCUCCAGAGGCUUCGCUUGGUCCUGCGCUGCUUGUAGUCGUGCGCAGGAACGGAAAUUGGAGGCUCGGCAUACUCCCAACCCGAACAGUCUCAAGGAAAAUGCAGGCGAUGCUGAUGAUGAGGACUUGUACGACGACGAUGAUGAUGAGAUGCAAAUCGACACCGAACGGACGAGUCCUGCUGAGGACGACGACGCCCAUCGUACGGGCACUGCAGAGCAAAUCUACCAAGCCAGCCUGUGGCCUUGGCGCUACCUUGGAAUGCAUUGCAGGCCCGAAGAUGCCCUCGAUUACGAUGACCGAAUUUACCCCCGCGCUAGCACUCGCAUAGGUCCCAAACAUCAAGCGCCCGUGCUUCCUUGGCCCGGCCAGCCUGUACAGUAUCAAAAGCCUCUGGAGUUCAAGAGGACAGGGAAGAAAGGGCCCGGGCUAUCGAAAGAAGCGCUUGCCGCUCUGGAGGCUGAGAAGAUUCGACGUGAGAAGCGUCCUAAGUGGGUUCAAGAUGAACCUGCGGGUUAUGUGGCGAGAGGAGAAGACGACGACCCUGACGACCCGAACGCCACAGCUACACGCAUCUGGUUGCCUCCCCCAGCAACUGAGAAGAAUACUGGGUGGGAAGCCAAGCUCGACCGGUACAUGAAAAAGGCGGAAGAGUUGACGGCCAAGUUUGGUCUGGCAAAAAACUCGACCAACUUCCACGAUAUUGCUGUGGCAAAGUACUACAGCAGUGACUAUGAUGAAGAUCGCGCACUGAAGGCGCUCUCGGAAGUGAACAAGGCGACUUUCAAGGAACCCGAUCUGACGGCCACGGAACAGAAGAGGUUCGAGGAAGGUGUCAGCAAGUACGGAUCCGAGCUUUAUCUCGUCAAGCGACACGUCAAGACUCUUUCGCCUGGAGAGAUUGUACGAUAUUACUACAACUGGAAGAAGACCCCGCAAGGCAAACAGAUCUGGGGAAAUUUCCAGAACAGAAAAAGCAAGAAGGAAGCCAAGAAGGCAGAGGUUGCUGCAAGCAAGUUGCAGGACGAUAUCGCCGAUGAUGCAGACGACUCUGCAUUCGAUUGCGACAAGGCGGCAAGCAAGAAGAAGAGCUUCGUGUGCAAGUUCUGCCACACCAAAUAUUCCAGGCAAUGGAGGCGAGCUCCCAAUGCAUCGGGAACACCUGUCAGCGAGGGCAAGAAUUCCACCAAGGACAAAGGCCAGUACAUCAAUGCUCUUUGUCGCAGAUGCGCGGAGCUCUGGCGGCGCUACGGCAUUCAAUGGGAAGAAAUGGAUGAGGUCGCCAAAAAGAUCGCUCAAGCAGGUGGUCGAGCCUGGAAGAAAAGACAGGACGAGGAACUCCUCAAAGAGCUUGAGGCAGCUAAGGAAAUGCAUACUUACUGGAACACCCCUCCGCCGGCCAUCGCUCCAGAGCCGGUUGUGGCAGUUUCAGCGGCACCUUCGAGCGAACCUCCGCGGAAGAAGCUCAAAGGAUCAGCCCCAGAGAGAGACUCAGAGUCGCUCGCCUCAGACUCAGCUCCUGCUGCCGCUCCACCGAAGAAGAAGGAAAAGGCGGUCGAGAAAGAGAAACCAGCGCCUCCACCAGUUCCAGAAAUCCCGAAGCCCAAGACUAUGCCUUGCGGAAUUUGCAACCAGUUGGAGCCCUUGGGAGAUCAGCAUCUAUCGUGUAAGGAAUGCAGACUGACAGUCCACCGCAACUGUUAUGGAGUUGUCGACAACAGGCACCCUGGCAAGUGGACCUGCGAUAUGUGCGCCAAUGACAAGAGCCCACAGGUUUCGAUCCAAUACAAGUGUGUCUUGUGCCCGAUUGAGCAUACUGAGCAUGACUUCGUUGAGCAGCCUAAGAUCUCUACUUCCAAGAAGAAAUCAGAGAAGGAAAAGGAGCGCGAGAGAAUGGAACGAGAGCAGGCACAAAAGGCUGCCGACUACUACAAGAAAAAGCAGGAGGAUGCCAAUCGCCCAGUCAACCCCAGGGAGCCUUUGAAACGGACCGCAGACAACAACUGGGUCCAUGUCACCUGUGCUGUUUGGACACCUGAGGUCAAGUUUGGCAAUGCUAAGGCAUUGAGUCCAUCUGAGGGCAUUCCUUCUAUCCCUCGUGCCAGGUACGAUGAGGUUUGCUUGGCCUGCAACCACAAAGGUGGUGCUUGCAUUACUUGCCAUUACUGCCGAGACCCUCUUCAUGUUGAAUGCGCUCGCCAAAAGGGUUAUCUCCUCGGCUUUGACAUCACCCCUGUAAAGGGGUCUCGUCGUGACCAGUUCAAUCUCGUCACCAUUAAUGGCGAAACUGGUGUCAUGUCCGCCACAGUGUGGUGCAAGGAGCACGUUCCAACAAAGAGCGUUAUUCAUCAGAUGCACGACAUUGUUGACGAGGAUGGCCUCACUGCUCUACAGUACUAUGUACAGAGCUACAAGCAGGCAGAUCUCACCUUGACUGGCACAGUCAGAAAGGCCAACCUGAUGACGAAUGCUGCGAAGAUGGGAGGUGUUCCUGUGACGCCAAGCACUCGGCGAGCAUCAACCACCACUGCACCUUCUAACGUUGUUUCUCAGAGUGUGAACAGCGAAACCCCGAGCACUCACCAAGCAGGGGAGAAGAUAUGCAUUACCUGUGGCAUCGACGUCGCUCUCAAGUGGUGGCCCAUUGAAAACUCCGAUGAGCGGGAACUCACCAAUGGUCACUACGGAAGCCUUGGCUCAGAGGCUCAGAAGUUUGUCGAGCAGAGAAAGUUCCAGUGUCACAAGUGCCGCAAAUUGAAGAGGAAGCCGGUUCCCCAUGCACCCAAAGAACCAUCUCCAGUCAUCGAGGCUGCUGCGAGGUUGGUACCACCUCCACCUUUACCGGUUGUCCCCGCACAUCACGCUCUCGCAGCACCUCCUCCGCCCUUGAGGAGCCCACCAACGACCGGCGCAGAGGCCAGAGCUCGAAGCCUCUCUUCAUAUGCCUGGGUUGCUCCGGCACCUCCUCCACAGCCGUCUGCCUCCCAGCCUGCAGCUCCGCAUCCAGCGCCUGUGCCUGUGCCCGUGCCGCCGCCAGUUCAGGCUGCUGCCGCACCACCGCCGCCAAACCCGGCUCCAGCUCCUCACCAAGCUCCGGGUCCCUAUGGCCCUCCUCCGGCACCAAGAUACGAGUGGAACAGUCGCCCACCUCCACGUCAUGGAUCGCCACCACAGCGUCCUAUUUUCCAGCCGUUGGCUAACCUACGUCCUCCGCCAAUGAUUCCAAUGUCGAUGGCCCCUACACCACCAUCCGGUCCCAAUGGACAUAUCGGCCAGCCUGUGCAUCACGGAAUGCCGCCUUCGCCGCUGAUGGCGGGGCCCAUGUCUCAUGGAUCCCAUGGUCCACACGCACCGCCCUAUGUGCAUCCUUAUCGGCAACCUCCUCACGGAUCACCUCACGGCCUACCAAAUGGCGGGCCUCAGCCUAGAGGCCCCGAUGCGUUCGCUCAGGGACUUCUUCCGCAGCGUUCACCAUACGGAAGUCCCCCAGCUCAUGAUGCCGGAGGUCCGCUGAGGACACCCGGCAUGCGCCCUUCCAACGAGCCGCCUCGACCCGCGGGAGCGAGCACUAGUCCUUCUCUACGCAACUUGCUCUCUUGA